UAGGGGGAAACAAAAAUGUUUUCUUACAAUCGGUUCCUCUUCUCAAUCACACACAAUCAUUUCUCGGUUCAAACCUAUUUCUCUCUCUCUCUCACACACACACACACACAGACGUUAUACUACACAGGGCCCUCACAGCCGCUGCUCACAUUGGAUCAACCCACCGCCGCUCUACCAUUUCCGAUAGCCCUCACCGCCGACAGCCCUCACCACGCCGCCGUUAACCCCUCCUUUCCUCACCGCCGCUGCUGUGCAGAUCGAAGAACACCGUUGUGUCUUAAUGAUAAUCAGUUAACUGGGAAAAUCCCAAGGGAGCUCACUGGUAUUUCCAGCUUGAAAGUUGUAGAUGUCUCAAACAACUUGUGUGGAACAAUUCCUACUACAGGUCCAUUUGAGCACAUCCCAUUAAACAAAACAUUGACAAAAUCCCAUAUGUUAAUUGUCCUGUGCUGAUUAUUCAAGUAAAUUCGAGAUUUGAUAUGGACGUGUUUGGUAAUUUGGAGGGCCGAUGGUAGCUCAUUUUGUGUUUUUGUUCAUAUUACCUUACAUGUAUUUUGGUUGUGUUGUAAAUUUUAUAUUUUUAUCAGUAUUACGGGGCAUGUUUGGUAAUCUGCCCUUGAUAUUUUAUUUUUGUUGAUAUUAGUAGACAUGUUUUUUGUUGGAUAUUAGGAGAUGUGUUUGGUAAUCUGCAUACGGUUGAUAUUAUAUUUUUGUGGAUAUUAGUAGUUUUUUGUGGAUA